AUGUUUGGUGAUAAUCCAUCACCAGAAUAUUUUUGUGUUGUUUAUUAUUGUUCCCCAAUAACAGGUUCAAUAAUUGGACCGUUUAAAUUAAUUGGGGAUCCAAGUAAUCAAUCUAAUGAAGUGAUGACUCACUCUGAUUUAAAGAACUUUACAAAUAUAUCUUCAAUGGAAUUAGUUUAUUUUAAAAUUGAUGAAGAAUUAUUAUAUAUUAAAUUAAAUAAUGUUGAAAAGGUUGGUUUUAUUUUUGUAAAUGGGGUAAAAGAAAUAAAUAGAACCUUGGCAGAUUAUAAAGAGAUAGUAAUUGAUAGUAGAGAUUUAGAAAAUAGUACAUUUAAACUAUCAUAUAUUAAUAAUGAUACUGCAAAAUUUCAAAUAAAGAAUUCAUUUUUGGAAUUUGAAAAUGAUUUACCAGAUUUACCAUCAUUAACAAAUUUAUUGUUGGAAAUUAGAAGUUUACCAAAUAUUUCUCAAAUAAAUCCUUACCAAGUUUCGUUUAGAUUUAGUCCAGAUUUUGAUAUUGGAUCAUUAAAAUUAAAUUUUCAAACUUUAAAAUCACAAUUAAUAACUAUCUUAGAUUCGAAUGAUUCAAAUUUAAUAUAUCCAUGUGAUUUCAUAAAAGAUCAAUAUGUUGGACAAAAUGAAAAGAGUACUAUUAAUUUUGGCCUUAAAUUUUUACCACCAAUUGAUGGUCAUGUUAUUGAUCUAUCAAAUAAGAAUAUUGAAUCUAUAUCAUAUACCAAUGCUGGUAAUGCUUUUAAUAUUGUUAUAAAUUCAAAAUCAACAUUCCCUAUUUUGGUUGGUUAUUAUGUUAAUGUUGCCCUUUUAAAAGGUAAUAUAUCACAAACUAUACCACUUUCACAAUUUGGUAGAGGUGAAAGUAUUUCAGUAAUAGAUUCAAAAAUCAGUGGUGAUUUGGAUACUAAUUAUAGACCAACUGAUGGAGUUGUAAGAAGACUUUAUGAUUUUUCAAAUAAUUUCAUUACAGGUACCAUUGAUCCAUCAUGGUGUAAUGCUCAAUUAAUAAUUAGAAAUAAUAAAAUGAGUGGUGAAGUUCCAUCAUGCUAUUCAUGUUAUUUUAACUAUCCAAUGCAAUUAGUUAAUAAUCCAGAUAUUAAAGUUUUUUAUGAUGGAUUUGAAGGAAAUAAUUUUACAAAUUUAGAACAAAAUCUUAAAUGUACAACAUUUGCUCCACAAAUUGAUAAAGAUUCAGAAACCAGUUUAAUUAUUUCUGGUACUGAUAUUGGUUUCUAUGGUGAUAAGUUUUUAAUACAAGAUACUAUGAUAUGUACAACAUAUCAAGUAAUCGAAUUUGGUAAAAGUUAUAAAUGUGGAAUUCAUCCAAGUUUUUCUUUUAAAGAUUUAAACUAUAUUAAAAUUAAUUUUAAAUUCCCAUUUGAUAAAGAUUAUUAUUUUUCAUUAAUUAAUAGAGUACCAAUGAUAACAUCAGUAACUUACUCAAAUAAUAAUUUACAAAUUAAUGGAUCUUACUUUUCAAGUUAUUUAGGUCAUGUUCCACAAACAAUUAGUUUAUCAACUUUUACAUUUGAUAUCUUAAAUUCAAGUGAUUUCUUUUCUAUCCAAGCAAUAUCAACUUUUAAAGUAGUUCCAAAUCCAGGCUUCAAUCUAUUAACAUUGAAAACAAAUUCAAAGAUUUCAAGAGUUUUCAUUAAUAUGGCAUCAUUAGCAAAUGAUAAGUUAUGUAAAAAUAAUUGCACAGAUGACGACCAUGGUGUUUGUAAUUUAUAUUUAGGUACUUGUGUUUGUAAUAAUAAUUAUGAAGGUGAUGAUUGUUCAAUUCCACAAUUUUAUAUUACAUCAGUUCAACCAUCAACAACAAAUGGUGGUGAAGCUAUUUUCUUUGGUUUAUAUGGAUAUGACCUUAGUAAUAUUUCAUUAACUAUUAGUGGAAUAGAUUGUCCAAUUACAUUCAAUUCAUCAGAUACAAUUAAAUGUAUAGCACCACCUGGUAAUGGUAUUAAAACUGUAAUUUUAAAACAAAAUAUUAAAAUAUUCACUGGUAUUGGCAUUUAUAAAUAUAUUGAAUUAUCAAUACCAUGUCCAAAUAAAUGUUCAAAUAAUGGUAUUUGUAAUUCGACAACUGGAAUUUGUAAAUGUAAAAAUGGAUAUACUUUAUAUGAUUGUAGCGCAUUAUUAAAUACAGAUAUUGGUUUAGGCAAUAAUAAUAACAAUAAUAAUAAUAAUGGUGGUACAAAUACAACAAUUGACCCAGGUACAGGUUCAACAAAUAUUACAGAUUCUCAAACUAAUUUCCAAAUUUAUUUAAAAUCAUUAAUUGAAGUAGAUAUUAAUAAUAAUGAAGUUAAAUCUUAUUCAUUAUUAAAGAAUUGGAUAUUUAAUAAAACUGAAAAUGAAAUUGAACCGAAUAAAUACAUAUUAAAACAACAAUUAGUAAAUAAUACUUCUACAACUUCAAAUGGAUGUAUAAUUACAUCAACAAUUGAAGAAAUUAAAGAUAAAAAUGGUAAAGAAUUUACAUUUGCGGGUACAUCAUUCGUUGUUUCAAGUGGUUCAAUUAAAUUCACAAUUUCAAUUGCAAAUUAUACAUAUCAAAGUAAUUUAAAUACUUUAAAAUUAGAAUUAAUAUCAUCAGUUGAUAAAAUCGAUAAAAUUAAUAAUUGUAAUUCAAAAGACACAGAAAUCGAUACAACCAAUGUAAAUGAUAUAUCAACAUUUAAUUAUAUCAAAAUUUCCAAGAAUAAAAAUAUUUUCUCUGGUAGAUUCAUAAAUAAAGUAUUAUCUGAUGGAAGAUCAACAUUUUUUACAACAAGCGCAAGAAAUGACUCAAAUUCAAUUAUUGUGUCAUUAAAUUUACCACAUUGUAUUAAUGAAUGUUUAAUUGAUCCAGAUUUUUCAGUUUUACUUUCAAAUGAUUUCAAAUCUGAAUGUGGUGAUGAUGAUUCAUCUCGAAAAUGGUUUUUACCUGUUGUAGUAGUUGUACCAGUUGUUGGUUUUGCUCUUAUUUUAAUUAUACUUUUAAUAAUUUAUAAAAAAAGUACAACAUUUAAAAUAAUACUGCACGCCACAAAAUUAAAAAAAUUAAAAAAUAAUAAAUAA